CUAUCUCUCUCUUUCCUCCUCCUCCUCCUCCUCCUUCUUCCUCCACGUCCCUCAGCGCCCCCUUUCCUUCUAUUCGUUCUGUCUCUCUUUGCUUUCAACUUGUCUUUUUCCUCUUCAAGUCUGCAUCGCGAAACGUUGAGACCGUCGCGUCCUUGCGUAUGAGAGAAUUCUUGCAAACGAGGUUUCGCGAAAUUUACGUGUCAUGCCCCACCACUAAAUAUUUUCACGGAUUUUCACGUAAAUUCGUAACUAUGAUGGCGUAGUACCUCUCACUCGCACGCUAAUGACGUUUCGUCGUUUCUUCUCAACGCCACCAACAGCUGUUUCGUCCGAUUGUCGCCCUCUCGUACGGUUUGUGUCUCGCGACGUAUUACGCGAAGAAAGAAAGAGAUAGAAAGAGAAAGAGCGAGAUGGUGGGCGAACGAAGGAAAGUCUCUCUCUUGCGGUGCUCUCGUUAACACUGCUGUCCACUUUUGGUGUAUCUUGUAGACUACCUUAAACUACGUCACUAACGAUUUCGAUGUUCGCCUUAUCGCUAUCAUUUUAACCAUUGUGUCGUUUAGUCCGAGUAUUUCGCUAGCCUCUCCCAUAAUCUGUUGAGCGUCCUUUGUUCUACUCAACGCUCGCUUGUGACAGCUCCUGUCAAACGGAGACCAACCUUUCGAUUUUUUGUUUCUGUCGCUUCAGGAACGAUACCUCGUUUAUAUUUUAUCUUAGAGACCAUCGCAUUGUGCAAGGAUAUUAGAACAUAAAGGAAAGUAGCAAGCUUUGUUAAUAUCUAAAAUACUGUGGAAACCCUUUGUGUAUGUGCAUUAUUGAAAGGAGAGGUAUUACAGGUCAAAAGUAGGAAGAAAUACAUUGUUAAUUGUUGUGUCUUUUGGACGAACGUGGCUAUAGCAAAAAUUAUGUCAGUAUUGAAUCAAAGUGGAGAGGAUGCAGUGGAGUGUCCAUUGUGCAUGGAACCAUUGGAGGUUGAUGAUUUAAAUUUCUUUCCAUGCACAUGUGGCUACCAAAUAUGCAGAUUUUGUUGGCAUAGAAUACGUACGGACGAAAAUGGCUUAUGCCCUGCGUGCCGGAAGGCCUAUUCUGAAAACCCCGCUGAUUUUAAGCCUCUUACGAAGGAAGAAAUUGCAAGAUUAAAAGCAGAAAAAAGAUUGAAGGAUCAGCAACGUAAACAAAGAGUUACAGAGAAUCGUAAACAUCUAGCGAAUGUGAGGGUAGUUCAAAAAAAUUUAGUAUUUGUAGUAGGAUUACCAAUGCGAUUGGCAGAUGCGGAUGUAUUAAAGAGACAUGAGUAUUUUGGGAAGUUUGGUAAGAUUCAUAAAGUUGUGAUUAAUCAGAGCACUUCCUAUGCAGGGUCUCAGGGCCCUAGUGCCUCGGCAUAUGUCACCUAUCAACGUCAGGAAGAUGCUCUGCGUGCUAUAGAGGCUGUGAAUAAUAUUGUUGUGGACGGACGGACAAUAAAAACGUCACUGGGUACAACAAAAUACUGUUCACAUUUUAUGCGCAAUCAGGCGUGUCCAAAACCAGACUGCAUGUAUUUACAUGAUCUCGGGGACCAGGAGGCUUCGUUUACGAAAGAGGAAAUGCACCAAGGGAAACAUCAGGAAUACGAGCGCAAGCUUGUGCAAUCUUUACAUGCUCAUGCAUCUGCAUUGCAGCGAAAACCAACACCAUCACCACCUGUUACAAAUAGUAUUGGUCGAGAAAAUGGAACUACGAAUUCACAAGCCAAGGAAGCAUGGCCUUCGUUACAACCAGGACAAACGAAUAACACACAAACGAAUUGUAAAGAAUCAUCACCACCUACCCAAACAACUUCACAGCAGCAUAGCAUAAUUAAUGGUAGCAGUCUUACCACUCAGCAAACGCAUAUAUCAUCUGGAGCUUCUAUGCAUCAACAGAAUAACAAUAAUAAAGGGGAAAAUGGUAUGAGUCUACGCAGAGGCAAAAGUAAUAGUGAAAGUAAGGCACAAGCAGCGCGAAAUAAACAUAAAAAUUGUCAAAACAAAGAGAAGCAUAGUACUCGAACAACGUCACGUUCUGAAUCAAGCUCAAUUAGUGUACAAAACAAUGUGCAACCACAAGUGAAUGGUCAGAAGGAUAUAAGAAAUUUUUCAGCUGAAACGAAUAGUGAUGUAUUGCAAAAGUUAGGCAAUAAGUGUAAGGUUGAACAACAGCAACAGCAGCAGCAACAGCAGCAGCAAUCUAACAAAAUUUCUAAACCGGCACAACAACCAUCUAAUGAACUUAAAAUAAAUGGUGUAGUUCAAAAUGGGGAACGACGACAUUCGGAUAGUGAAACAGAUCAACAACGAGAAGGUAGUACACCAGCUAGUACAAUUUCAAGUUCAGAAGAUUCUAAUGUAAAUCAUCAAGUGGAACAAUUAGUGGAAUCAAGUGAGGAGAACAAUGGUGCUGCAAUUUUAGGUUCAUCACCUGCUAGCACAAACUCAUCGCAAGGUGCCAAUCAACAGCCACCACCAGGGCUACAUAAUGGGUCUCAAAUGCAACUUAAUCAUCGGUCAAUCUUUCAGGCGGACAAUAAUAGUUUCUUCAGUACAAAUACCUUCCAGAAAAUAUCUACAGCCGCCUCAGUCACAUCCAACUCCUUAACAGGAAAUACAAAUUUGGAUUGGCCGAGUACAGGCUUGGCUUCCAUUCCUGAUUCUUUACCAACAGUUCACUCAAGUGAAGAUUGGCAAGCAGCAUUUGGUUUUCAUCCUGAAUCUACGCGAUCAAAUCAUAUUGUACGAAAAAUUAGUCCUUCCAAUUCACCACGAGUAACUUUCAAUUCUGAAGACUUUGCAGAAGAGGAAGUGUAUAGUAAUUCGCAGUAUAAUGCAAUCUCAGAAUCUUCAGGCACCUUUGCAACAAAUUUGCUUGUUAAUUCACCUGCAUCCAAAUUUAUGGCAGAUUUCCAGCAAAAUUCAUUACAACAAAGGCUUGUUAUGCAAGCACAACAAAAUCAAGAAAAUUGUGAAUAUAUCAAGCAAAACGGGCAUGCAACUUUAAAAGAAGUUCAAAAUCAUCAUGAACCUGGAUCCGAUGUAAAAGCAGACGACGAUUUAGGCUUCGAUCCUUUUCAUGAAACACAGAAAGCCCUUGCAGAAUUAAUGGAGAAUGAAAUGCAGUUACAACAACAAAGAUUAUUUCAACAGCAACAACAGCAACAGCAACAGAGAGAACGAGAAGAGCAAAGCAGGGUACAACAUCAACAAAAUCUUGCGAAUCUUGGUCAGCAGCACUUUCCACAGGUUGCACACAUAGCACAUCUACAGCAACAAGCGCAGCACUUGCAAAAUUUGCAAGUUCUUCAACAAUCGCAUUCCCUCCUGUCUCGUCUUCCGCAGAAUCUUCUACAAAGUGGCGCACAGAGUCCUGCUCAGAAUUCUGUAACAGCUGCUAGUCUGGCACAGCGCAGCCGUCUCCCUCCGCCAGGUUUUCCUGGCGCAACCCCAAAUCACAUGAACUCUUUCGGUCUUGGUAUACCGCGGCCUGCCCCUACAAACAAUGCCCUCACGGGAACACAGCCAUCACAGCAAAGUGCGUAUCUUCCAAAUGGAAAUCCUCUACUCAAUACACAAGUAGGUAUCAGUAAAUGCGCAGGCGAUACUGUUUACACAUUAAAAGAUUGGUGUGAGAUAAGUAGCCAACAACAACAACAACAAUUUCAUCAUCAAGCAUUGCAUCAAAAAGGGGGAUGGAACAACUUUGGGCCUAUUGCAGACUGGACUUCAAUUGAUCCAGCUAUUGUUAGUUCAUCUAGGCCUCUUCCAUUCCAAACUACUAGCACGUGGCAAUUUCCACAUGUACAUCCUUCUCACACAGUAUCCCACAAUGCGCAACAGGAACAGAACGCACCAGCUCAGCAUUGGGCAAUGCAACCACCGCCGGGCUUUGCUGCGCCUGCAACUACAGGGCAACUAAGUAAUCAACAAGCAAGCACAGCUGCACAGCCGCACACCAAACUUAUCUCUGCAGGAUCAGAAAUUGAGAAUUUAUAAAGAUUACAAACACACCAAGUCUACAAAUGACAUGGUGAAAUAUUCGUAUCCGAUGAAAUGAAAGCCGGCAAAGAAAUUAAAACGACAGUCUGUAACGUAUGUUUUCUUUAACAUGUGUUUACAUUUGCCUUCAGCUAUUGUAUAGUUGCUGCAGUCUUACUGUAUAAGCAUUUCUUAUGAGAAACGAAAAAAACAGCAUAUUUUGUUGAAUAAUAUGGAAAAGUCUUGACAAAUAUUUUUUUUCUAAUAUUACUAAAAAAUCGAAUAUAUAUUAAAAUUUUAAUAUUAAUUCUAUUAUCAUAUGUCAGAUCUUAAAUACACUUAUGAAGCAAACCAUAAGUAAUUUAAUAAUUAAAAUAAUUAAUCCAAAUAUUUCUAAGAGCAUAUUACAAUUUUCACCAUCUUCAUUACAUUUUAAUUGUUUUAUUGUAAAAGUAUAAUAUGUUUUGAAAAACAUUAUCGGUUCUUAUUAAUUGAAGCUUAUCGAAAUGAAAGUUAAGCGGAAGUAGUAUACACAUCGAUUUCGGAAAAGAUUAAUAUUUCUUUAUUUGGAAUAUUAUUAUAUAUAUUUGCAUAUAUAUGUGCAAUUUUUUUUCAUUAUUUCCUAGAUUUUUGAUCAAUAUAAUGAAAACUUGAAUAUUCAGAUAUGAGUAAAUAGCGAUUUAUAACUUGAUUGAAUUAUAAAAAUACGUUAAUUUAAUGUUUAAUUAAACGUCAGAUCCAUCAGCUUUAUUAUAAGCGGUACAAGAUUUGUAAUCAAUGUAAAGUUAAUUUAUAAUCGCAUAUAUAAAGUCAUAUUAAAGGAAAGAUGCAGUAAUAACAUUAUCUUGAAGGAUUAAACAACAUUUUACGUGUGCGGAAUAUAGAAAACUACGGUGCGACUGUCGAGAAAAUUAAUAUGAAAGGGCCAUAUCUCAGAUCACAGGUGUAUAAAUACGAACUCAAUAAUACCUGGAGUGUCUGACCGAUAGUAAUACAAUACAAAUUGCUAUGUUGAAUGGUUUACUUUAACAGCAGAUUGUGUUAAACAUCUGCUGCCUUAACGUGAAUAACACAACACGAUACAUAUACAAGAGAAUGAUUGAGAUAAUGAACAUAUGAUUAUUAUAAAUUUAACUGAUUUAAGGUAAUCAAGAAAUAUACGAUAUGCGCAAAAAAUGAUUACAAA